GAAGAGUGUUUCAUGGAAGACAUGAAUAUCAUUAGGAGAUGGGAUCAAGUUGGUCACAAGAUGAGAGUUCACAGCUAAGUGAAAAACCUGGCGAGACUCUGUCACAGACCCUUGACAUCAAUACAAAGGCAAAGGAGACAAUUCAAGCAAAACAGCUCCCAUACAACUAUGCAGCCAUUAUGAAAGAUGCAGACUCGCCAAUCAAUGAGUCCUCCAUCGAAAAGCUGAAUGAUCAGCUCUAUGCUGGAGUGCUUUUAAAUGGGAAUAGGAAGAAAUUUUGGAUGGAAAAGAAGUUCAACAACUGCUUCAUGAUUUUUGCAAGGAAUCUCUCAAUCACUUGGGCUGAAGAUUCUCGUUACUGGCACUGGCUUAAGAUAAAGGAAACAAGUGAUGUGUUUGUUGAUGUAGCUGAACUUAUAAACGUUUGCUGGCUCGAAGUGCAUGGAAAAUUUGAGACAGCAAAGCUCUCGCCUGGAAUUAUGUACAAGGUUGCAUUUGUGGUGAUGAUGAAGGAUCCUGCCUAUGGAUGGGGAGUCCCAGUGAACCUCAAACUUGCUCUCCCAGAUGGAAACACACAAGAACAUAAAGAAAAUUUAAGGGAAAAGCCAAAGGGACAAUGGAUAGAAAUCCCAGUAGGGCAAUUCCAGACAUCAGCAGAAAACAUUGGAGAGAUUGAGUUCUCCCUGUUUGAAUACGAAGGUGGGGAUUGGAAAAGUGGACUCGUUGUAAAAGGUGUUAUCAUUCAACCAAAAAAUUAAGUUUAAACUGUCCAGAAAUUUUUAUCUAAUUUCCAAACAUUUCUUUUUCUUC